ACAGACUACACCGACUCACAGAGCAAAAAGCGACAGAUCUCUUUCUCUACCAGCGCCCAAGCCUAUCGUCACCGCUCAACACAAGCAGGCGUCGGAGACUCGACUCGGAUUCCACUCCGGUCCUCACCAAGAUACACCAACCCCCAAAUUUCUUCUGACGAAGGAAAUAGCACGCUGAGACGACCCGAUACCAUCAUGUCUGGGACGCAAUCGCCAACUUCUUCUACCUCUCCGUCUCUCAUGGCGCGCCGCGGAUCCUCUAGGUCCUUGUCGUUGGACCUCUCGAGCCUACCGCCACUUACACAACCCACCCCACCCACAAACACUCUACUUAUCACAAAUCUGGGGGACGCCGAGAUUUUUCGCCCCGACAACCUCCAAACCAUCCGUGACCUCAUCUCCGCCACGGAACCCAUAUACACCUGGUCGCCGUUGAAGUCGUUCAGCCGGAUAAUAGUCUCGUUCCUCGACGAGCAAGCCGCCAUCAGGGUGCGGGCCAUAUGGGACGGGAAAGUGAUCAUGGGCGAGCGGUGUCGGGUCUACUUCGGCCAAGCCACCUCGCUGGACUUGCACAAGGACAACCACCUCGAGCUUCCCGAUGCCGGAAAGCUGUUCUUCAUCAGCCCGCCGCCGUCGCCGCCGCACGGCUGGGAGAUGAAGCUGGAGGAUGCCCCGAACAAGCAGGUCCACGCCGAGGACCUAGCCGAGGCCCUAGCGAAGCUGCGCCACCAGGCGGCCCCCGUCGGCGUCGCCGACGCCUCGCCCGUCUCGCCCGUCUCGGGGGAUUUCGCGAUGACGGCGAGGACGACGAGGAGCCGGAGCAGCACGCUCAUCUACCACCCACACGAGCACGGCGGUAGCCCGAACCUACCCGCUAUCUCCGUCGACGAUAUGACGGAUGAUUCCCUAGACAUCGAGCCCACACCGGAGCGUCCGAUCAUGGCGCACACAUCACGGCCGCCGGUGGAGCUCAUGGAAUAAAUACAAACAGUAUGACGCGAUCGGGGACCCGCUCAGGCCAGGAGGAAAGCAGAGGUUGUAUGGGAUUAAAAGUGGUUGCAUUAGUCACCUAGCACUUCGAGGAUACGGCGUUAUUACGGAAAGGGUACGAGAGAGUUAUUUGAUCCUAGUCGAUAUUCCUCCUUUUCUUUUGUCUACAUACUUUUCCCGGCCAUAGCAUGACAUCGACGAUCGUCGCAUGGGCGGAGAGGACUAGUUCGCGUGAUUGACUACUGCAGGGACGUGCACAUUCAAGGUAGAAUUGUUCCUACCGGGGUUGGGCGUUGCUGCUUUGCCGAUGGAUAGACGGAGAUAUCAAUGGUGUUGGAGGGAGGGAGAAUGCGUACGGGAAAGGGAGGGAGAGGGGAAGGGAGGAGUUAGAGAAUCGGCCUAUCCAUUAGUCGUCGUGUACAGUAUGCUAGCGGCCAGGACCGAGGAGAUAACUUGCAUAUACGUCCCACCUAAUACGCAACCAUGAAGACAACGGAUCGUACCAACGCACGCUGACGUACGCGUCUA